AUGCCUCUCCGCCAGCGCCUUGGCCUCGGGGAAUCGCGACCCCCCUCGGACAAACCCUACCUGAGCUACUACGAUGCCAGCUUGACCGUCGGUGACGUCAAGUCGCUUAAGAACGACUGGCUGACCGACAGCGUCAUAAACUUCUGGCAAGAGUACCUCGAGCGCGAAACCCUUCCUCGCUACCCGCAGGCCCGCAUCUGCCUCCUCCGACCCAGCAUCACCUUUUUGCUCAUGCACACCCCAGACCUACACCACACCUACAGCAGCCUGCCCGACCUCACUAAUAUCACACAUGUCUUCCUCCCUAUCAACGACAAUAAAGACGUCCGCGAUGGCCAGGGCGGCUCCCACUGGUCUUUGCUGCUCAUCUCUAUCCGCGACGGACUCGCCUUUCACUACGACUCCCUCCUCAGCGGCAACUGCAACCAGGCCAGCUUAGCCACGGACAGAAUGGCCCAGUUCCUCAACCGCCCUCUGCAAUUUUUGAACCUUGUGGACAGCCCCAAGCAGGAUAACACCAGCGAUUGUGGCGUCUUUGUCUGCCUCCUCAUGCGCCAUCUGCUCGUCAAGCGUCUGCUCGGCGCCUCGGCCACGGAAAAGGUGUCCAUGAGCAUGGGCAACAAGAUGGUCGAUAGCCACGGCGGCCGCAAGGAGAUGCUUCGCGUCAUUGAGAAUCUGCACAAAGAAGGGGAGCGCCGCCGCUCACGAAGCACCAGUCCAUUCACAGACAAGACGCCCCCGCGCGUCGAUUAG